CCCACUUCCGCCCAGGAAGUAUUAUAUCAAAAGUCGAUCAAGGGGAGAGAAGAAGCAAAUAGCUACUUGAAUAACGCCUGGCCAGAACAAACUGAUCACUUUUAAAUGUGUGUUGUCUUGUUUUCAUUCUAACUGAAGCUGGAGAAGAACAAAUCCACAGGUGGAAACAUGCAGCACUACAACGAGGCGAUCAAGGACUUUGUGGAGAGCCAUGCUGCCGGGCUCACGUUCGCCUUUGUCGCAGGCGCUGGCGUGUUGGCCUUGCGUAGGUGGAUGGGUGGGAGGGUGUGCAGGAGCAAGGUCAGGCUGGACGGGAAAACAGUCCUGAUCACAGGCGCCAACACUGGCAUUGGGAAGGAGACGGCCCUGGACAUGGCCCAGCGAGGGGCCAGGGUGAUCCUCGCCUGCAGGGACAUGACCAGAGCCUGCAUGGCCGCUGACGACAUCCGACAGAAGAGCGGGAACGGCAACGUGGUGGUGAAGAAACUGGACCUGUCCUCGCUGCAGUCUGUCAGAGACCUGGCCAAGGACAUCCAGGAGAAUGAGGAACACUUAGACAUCCUCAUCAACAAUGCAGGUAUCAUGAUGUGUCCUAAGUGGAUGACGAAGGACGGCUUUGAAAUGCAGUUUGGUGUCAACCACCUGGGACAUUUCCUCCUCACCAACUGUCUCCUUGACCUGCUGAAGAAGUCGACUCCAAGUCGCAUCAUCAUCGUCUCCAGCCUGGCACACGAGAAAGGUCAGAUUCACUUUGAUGACAUCAACCUGGACAAAGACUACACACCUGAUAAGAGCUACCGCCAAAGCAAACUGGCCAAUGUGCUCUUCGGCAGAGAGCUGGCUGCGAGACUGCAAGGCACCGGUGUGACAGUGUGCAGCCUCCACCCUGGGGUCAUCCGCACAGAGUUGGGCCGCCACUUUUUCCCCACUUUAGCCCUGUGGAAGAGGAUCAUAGCAAUGCCACUUAUGAUGCUGAUCAAAAGUCCCUGGGAAGGAGCCCAGACCACCAUCUACUGCGCCGUGGACGAGAGCUUGGCAAACACCAGCGGCCUCUACUACAGUGACUGCGCCCCCAGAACGGCGGCACCGCAGGCCCUGGAUGACGCCGCAGCCAAGAAGCUGUGGGACCUCAGUGCCUCCAUGGUCGGUCUGGCUUAAACACAUCAUCAGCCUGUCAUGCUUUUAUCAGCUCUUCCUCCUGCUGGAGGCAGAGGCCCUGUUUGCAUGGGUAAAUAAAGAGCAUUGAUUCAUUUCAUUAUUUGCUAUGCGUUAGGGCAUUAUCAAGAUUUAUUUACCAGUAGAUGAGGAGUACAAAAUGUACACACUAUUUUAUCUCACACUCCUGUCAGUUGAUUGAUUAUGAAAUGUAGGUGCAAAGCUUUAUCUUUAUAUUACAGUAUGCAUAUACUGCACACUUAAUAAUUUGUGCUGUUUGCUCCUAUAUCUGUCGCAAAAUGAGAUUAUACUUGUUUUAUUGAAUCUACUGUUUUGGCUGAUUGUAAUUUUACGUUAUACAAUUAACUGGAUUGAGAUGCUUACACUGCUUGUGGACCAAUCAGGCUGCAGAUUCCUGGAGACUUUCAACGCUUCAAACUGCUGCAUUUAUUCAUGGAAUCUCACAACAAUUACCAACAUGUAGUCAGACGAUUACACCGUUUCUGUUACAACCUCAAUGCAGAAACACAAACACAUGUCAAGCAAUGCUACAAUUUCCUAAACACUACAAGGGAAGGAGGACGAGAGCCGUGUGUGUCCAGGCUGUAGGGGAAAGACUUUGUUGAGGUCGUCCUGAAUGUUGCCUCAACGGCCGGGAAGGAGAGAGGAUCAUGUGUAGAGAGGGAGUAGAUCCAGUUGACUUGUCACGUUAUUGGUGUGUGUGUGUGUGUGUGUGUGUGUGUGUGUGUGUGUGUGUGUGUGUGUGUGUGUGUGUGUGUGUGUGUGUGUGUGUGUGUGUGUGUGUGUGUGUGUGUGUGUGUGUGUGUGUGUGUGUGUGUGUGUGUGUGUGUGUGUGUGCGUGUGUGUGUGCGUGUGCGCGCGCGUUCGCGUUCGCGUGCGCUUUUUCUUUAUUUAUGGUGGAUGCUGAAUCAUGACGAAGUAUUUCUGGUGUUGUGUUACCUCUGAGAUGAUGAUUAAAUUGUGUGUGUGUGCGCGACACUUUGACAAAGUGUACAACAGGUUGGCAACCGCAAUGUAAUGCUUUUGGCAAUAAAUGUCCAAUUUAAAAUUGA